AAGAAGAAGAAAGUGCGAAGAUGUAGAAGACCGGCGAAGAAGCAUGAAGCCGAUAUUCUCGGAUGAUCGUGGUGGAAUGUUGGAACGGUACGGGUGUUAGGGUCGUAGGCAAUAAUCGCGAUAAAUAGAUGAAGGGUGUCGCGAUAUAUCGGUGAGAAGGAUUGUGUUAUGGUGGUGAGGACCGUUCAGGAUAAACGUGGAAGAAAAAGAGGAAGAAGAAGAAGAAGAAGAAGAAGAAGAAGGAGAAGAGAGGGUGGAGCGGGUUUCUUUCUUUUGAGGAACCGCUUCUUGGAAGUGAGAGAAAAGGGAAGAAGAGGGAAGAAGACGGAGAAGAUCGGAAGGAAGACGAGAUCGGGCUUGAUUUGACAGAUUGCCAAACGACGAUGGAUGCAGCCAGAUCGUGCCAAUGGAUACUCAUAGGAAUACUCCUCGUCGUCUCGUCGAAUCGCGCCACCAGCAGUCGCGCGGGAUCGAUACAGGGAUCGAGCCUUGGCAGAUCGAAGACGAUCUUCGAUCCCGGUUACAUGGAGGCGUCGCGUGGCAACGAUGGGAAUCGGACCGAGUUGACCGUCAACUCGCCUCGUAGACGCCGAUACGUUCGAUUCCCGACAGGGCCGGCCGGAUAUCUGUUCGAGGGUGGUGGCGGUCCUCCGAUAGGGAGGAACCUCGGAGGUUUAUAUCCAGGAGGUGUUCCCCGUUUCCCGUCGUGGAGGCAGCACAAAUCGAUCUGGAGAAGUCCCAUCUCGGAGUACAACAGGCCCCCUGUGAUGGGCCAUCGGACCCCGCGCUUGAUCUUCCGCGACAACGACUUUCCGCCCCCGGUCGGGGGCAGUGCGCCCUCCUCCUUCUUUCAACAGUCCAACCACUUGCCGGAUUUCGAGGACGACGCGAGAGAUCAUCGAAAGCAAACGCUCGACGAUUAUCCUAGGUUAGAGUCAGAGCCGCGUCAACAAAAAAGACCGCUGUGGAAGGGUGACGAUACGUUGUGCGGUGACGGACGAAGCUGCGAAUUUUUUCUAAUGUGCUGGAUGUCCGCUGGCCUUUUGGACGGCAGUUGCGGCGGCAUCAUGUUCGCUUGUUGUCAGAGGAGAGAACCGAAAGGUAGCUCCUCCGAUUAUAACCUGAUUGAGGCACCUAGAGAUCAGUCUCAGCCGCUUUCGUUGGACACUUACACGGAGACAGUCAACGACGAUCGGUGCGGGAUACCUGCCUCGAAGCAGACCGCGCAGAGAAGGAUCGUGGGAGGGGACGACGCGGGGUUCGGCAGUUUUCCAUGGCAGGCGUACAUACGAAUCGGAUCGAGCCGAUGCGGCGGCACCCUCGUCAAUCGAUUCCACGUCGUGACUGCCGGCCACUGCGUAGCCAAGGCGUCGGCGCGCCAAGUCCAGGUCACCCUCGGCGAUUACGUCGUCAAUUCGGCAAGCGAGACACUGCCCGCUUACACUUUCGGCGUCAGGGAGAUACGCGUUCAUCCUUACUUCAAGUUCACGCCUCAGGCUGACAGAUUCGACGUAGCCGUUCUUCGAUUGGAUCGACCGGUGCAUUACAUGCCUCACAUAGCGCCGAUCUGUUUGCCCGAGAAGAACGAGGAUUUUUUGGGCCAGUAUGGCUGGGCCGCUGGAUGGGGCGCUUUGCAGGCUGGAUCGAGGCUACGCCCCAAAACUCUUCAAGCUGUGGACGUGCCCGUGAUAGAUAAUCGGAUAUGCGAGAGGUGGCAUCGAUCAAACGGGAUCAACGUGGUGAUUUACGACGAAAUGAUGUGCGCUGGUUACCGGGGAGGUGGCAAGGACUCGUGCCAAGGUGACAGUGGUGGACCGUUGAUGCUCGAGAAGACGGGGCGAUGGUACUUGAUAGGCAUCGUUUCGGCGGGUUACUCGUGCGCGCAGCCAGGCCAGCCAGGAAUCUAUCAUCGCGUGGCGAAAACGGUCGACUGGAUAACCUACGUUAUCAACUCGUAACGGAAUAAACGAAACGAACGAAAGGAAUAUAGAGGAAUCGUAAAAGCUUUGCAUGAAACAAAGUUUACAA